AUGCGCAUGCAGUCUGUACUGCUCAUGAUACUGCUAUCAUUUGACAACACUCCACCCCACCCAUCACAAUCAACCCCCACCACAAUUACACCCCAGCCAACAUUCCUGCCACCACAAUUACAACCCAGCCACCAUCCCUGCCACCACCACCACCACCCCGGCCACCAUCACCACACAACAACAAUUACAUCCCGGCCACCACCACCACCACCCCAGCCACCAUUCCUGCCACCACCACCACCCCAGCCACCAUUCCUGCCACCACCAUCGCCACGGCCACCAUCACCACACAACCACAAUUACACCCCGGCCACCACCACCACCCCAGCCACCAUUCCUGCCACCACCAUCGCCACAGCCACCACGGCCACGAUCACCACCCCACCACCAUUACACCCCGGCCACCAUUCCUGCCACCACCGCCUUUUAGGACAAGCAUAG